AUGGCCGCGGUUCAGAAGUUACAGAAGUGUGCAGUAUCUCAGACUGGAAAACACAGCGCGUCUGUUAUCUUUCUGCAUGGCUCAGGAGACACAGGACAGGGAUUACGAGCAUGGGUUCGUGAUGUGUUGGGACAAGACAUGGCUUUUGAGCAUAUCAGAGUGGUCUACCCCACAGCUCCAGCAAGGCCGUACACACCGAUGCACGGGGCACUGUCUCACGUGUGGUUCGACCGUCACAAAAUCUCUCGUGACUGCCCAGAGCACUUGGAAUCCAUCGAAGAAAUGUGCAGUAAUUUAGGAGCCGUGAUCCAAGACGAGAUCCGAGCUGGUGUAUCCAAGCACAGGAUGGUCAUAGACUGUUAACGAUGCAGACGGACCUCUACCAGAGCUUCUCCAAUGUCAUGGGACGGCGGACGAGCUGGUGUCCCAUGCCUGGGGAGA